CCACCCCCAGCAGCUCGGGGAGGCCUGAGAAGACGCAGCAUGUUGUCCUACAGCCCAGAGCAGAGCCCUGAGGGCUGGCAUCCCUCCCGAACCCUGUUUCUCCUUGCACUGUCUGUGGCCUGGGCACAGGGCGCCCUUCCCAGCCCCAAAGAGUGCCUCAUCGUGUCGUCCGCCAACGGCAGCACCGUCUCCUGCUUCUCCCCGGCCAGAUUCCCCAGCGAUCUCCCUGCUGACACCUUCCACCUGGCUGUGGAGUUCUCCAACCUCACCUCGCUGCCGGCCGCCGCCCUGCAGGGGGUUCGAGGCCUGCAGGAGUUGCAUCUCUCUAGCAACCAACUGGAGGCCUUGGAGGCCGAGCUCCUGCAGCCCGUGCCUGCGCUGCAGGUGCUGGAUCUCACCCGCAACGCCCUGUGCAGCCUCCCCGAGGGGCUCUUCCACCAGGCCUCUGCCCUCCACACCCUGGUGUUGAAGGAAAAUCAGUUGCGAGGCCUACAGGCCUCUUGGCUGCAGGGCCUGAAGGCACUCAGCUUCCUGGAUCUGUCCGGGAACGGCCUCCGGGCUCUGCCGCCCGGGCUGCUGGCCAAUCUGUCCGCCCUGCGCACGCUUGACCUUGGGGACAACCAGCUGGAGACCUUGCCACCCGGCCUCCUGCGGGGGCCGCUGGCUUUGGAGCGCCUGCACCUGGAGAGGAACCGGUUGCGCGCCCUGGCGGAGGAUCUGCUGUGGCCCCAGCCCGGCCUGCGGUCCCUUUUCCUCCAGGAAAACAGGCUGGCCUCCCUGGAGGCAGGACUCUUCCGAGGCCUGAAAGGGCUGGACAUGUUAGAUCUGUCCAAUAACUCACUGAGCAGCCUUCCCAGAGGGCUCUGCGCGCCCCUAGGGAGGCCGGCAGCCCGGGACAUGGAAGACGGCUUCGACUUCUCCCACAACCCCUGGCUCUGUGGCCCCAACCUGCAUGACUUCUACCUCUGGCUGCUGGACAAUCAACACAAGAUGUUCUCCAGAGAGGACACACGGUGUGCCCAGCCGGAGGCCUUGAAGGGAAAGCCACUCCUGGAGGGGGCCAGCUCCCAGGGAGGCCUGGAGCUGGGGUGGGCGUGGGAGAACCCCAUGUAGCACGUCAACCCCCCCCUUUGCUUCCUUCAAGGGCCUGAUUCCAGUCUCCCACUGCUCCUGGGGUCCCCUGUCAGCCAAACUCCCCAAACCUGCCCCUGGCUGCCCAGUCCCCUGUGUGUUUAUUCUCUGGCUAGGGCUUCUUUUCCUGCCUGCCAUUUUCCAUCUUUUGUCCCCUGGUUGCCCCCCAGCUCCUUCGUCCCUCCCGCUGGCUGAGUCCUGGCCACACCAGGGAGGUGUUUUUGUUUGUUUGUUUUCUGUCAGUCCUGGGGCCUGAACUCUGGGCCUGGGCGCUGUCCCUUGGCUC